AUGAAAAUUCUUCAGCAAGAAAUACCAAAGAACAGUGGGUACAUUAAUCUUUAUAACCUCAUUUUUGCGGUGGAAAAAAAUCUAUCUAUUAAUACCGUGGCGUGUGUACCGCAAAAGCUAACUAUGGAAAUGUUAGUUAAAUCUGAUGGUGCCUCAUCGACGACAAUAUGGCAAACCUGUAUCAAAGUGACACAGUGUUGCCAUUCGAGUGAUCACAGCAAGUCGUCUACGCUGGGAUCUUCUCUACGGUAG